UUAAAAACCCAGCCAUUUCCUCAUCUCUAAUCUGGGAGCUGCCUGCUAAUUCCAUGGCGUCUGUGUAAUCGGCAAAGUCUUUAAUUUGAUAAGAAGAGGUAUUCGGAUAAGGGAAUCUGAUGGCGUCGGCUCUCCUCUCAACCCCUACCGCCAAAACCUCUUUCCUUGGCCGUCGUCCCUCAAUUCGAGGCGUUUCGAGAAGUAAACCGGAUUUCUUGCGAUUUAUCUCCCCAAAAUGUGCCGUGGAUACGCCUUAUGAGGGUAGCAUUUCAAAAUUCCCUAGGUCGAAUGUGUGGGAUCCUUAUAAGCGGCUGGGGGUAAGUACUGAUGCUUCUGAAGAAGAAGUCUGGAGUGCUCGGAACUUUUUGUUGGACCAAUAUGCCAAUCAUGAAAGAAGUGCCGAAUCUAUAGAGGCUGCUUUUGAGAAAUUACUGAUGACCAGCUUCAAGAACAGGAAGAAACAGAAGAUCAACUUGAAAAGCAGGCUGAAGAAGAAGGUUGAGGAAUCUCCACCAUGGGUGAAGAACUUGGUCAGCUUUGUGGAGAUUCCUCCCCCCGUUAUCAUUUUGAGACGGCUGUUCCUGUUUUCUUUCAUGGCAUGCUGGAGUGUCAUGAACUCUGCUGAAGCGGGGCCCGCUUUCCAGGUGGCAUUAUCUCUUGGAGCUUGCAUUUACUUCCUCAAUGACAAAAACAAAAGUGUGCCUCGAGCUGCCGUUAUUGGAUUUGGAGCUCUUGUUGCUGGCUGGUUAAUUGGCUCUAUGACGGUCCCACUCAUUCCGUCGUUUUUGUUGCAGCCCACCUGGACUCUUGAGCUCCUUACAUCCUUGGUAGUAUAUGUAUUCCUGUUCCUAGCCUGUAGUUUCCUCAAGUGAGAAACCUAAACAACAUUGUUACAUUUGCUUCAUAGAUUAAUCAUAACUAGCUUCAUAGCUUCAGACAUUUUGUUCAAGUGGUAUCCAUUGGAGGAUGAUUGUUUCAUGUCUCGUCUAAUGUGCAUUCUCAUUUGUUGUUUCUCA